AUGAAAGACAAGAAACGCCGCCGUAUCUACAUUCACGAGCCUGAGGCCGCCUCCUUCGUUGCUUCGACAUCUACUGCAAAUCGCAUCCGCUCAGUGCUGAUCGAUGCACCAGUGACAACACCGGCGGUCGAAGUUGAUACAAGCACGCCGCCAACGGCCACCUUUGACUAUGCCCUGGGAGAGUUGAAUGACACCGCGAUGGACAACAACCAACAAACUGACAGCUCUGGGUUAGUUGUCAAGGCAAAGGCGAAGCGUUACAUCAAUUCGGUAAGGCUCGCCGUCUUUCACUACACCAACGGCUGA